AUGGCCUUUAACAAGUGGAGGGGCAAGGUGUCGGAGCGGCCCAUCGUGGUCGACGCCGUCACGACCGGCACCGACGCGCAGGGGCUCGAGACGGUCAACCCGGAGGCCGAGCUGAAGAAGUUCAAGAAGCUUCACAAGUGGGAUCCCUUCCUGGAGAUCGACACGCUCGACACGGCCGAGAAUGCGCUCAACUCGGGCGACUACGAGAAGGAGGCCGCCGUCGAGGCCGCCCUCCACGAGGACUCUCCCUACGCCGAGGUCCGGGCUUCGGUACUACCCUUUGAUGACCCCGACAUGCCCAUUAACACGAUCCGCGCGUGGACCAUCGGCGCCGUCAUGUGCACCAUCGUCGCCGCCUGCAACAUCCUGCUCGGCCUGCGCCGCUCGCCCAUCAUCAUCACCUCCACCGUCGUCCAGCUGGUGUCGUACCCGAUGGGCUGCGCCUGGGCCCAGUUCGUGCCCGAGGUGACGUUCCGCCUCUUCGGCAACGAGCUCAGCACGAACCCGGGGCCCUUCAACGUCAAGGAGCACACCAUCAUCACCAUGAUGACGGCGGCCGGCGCUUCGGCCAGCUACGCCAUCGACAUCCUGCUCGCCCAGGAGCUCUUCUACAAGCAGUUCUUCGGCUGGGGCUUCCAGGUGCUGCUCAUCAUCUCGACGCAGGCCAUGGGCCUCGGCAUCGCCGGCAUCUUGCGCCGCUACCUCGUCUGGCCGGCCGCCAUGGUGUGGCCGGCGACGCUCAUCACGACGACCGUCAUGAACUCCCUCCACGACCACUCGUCCUCGGACCCAGCCCUGACCAACGGCUGGAGGAUCGGCCGCUACAAGUUCUUCCUCAUUGUGGCUGCCGGGACCUUCGUGUACGAGUGGAUCCCCGAGGUGUUUGCGCAGUUCCUGCAGAUUUUCACCUUUGUCUGCUGGAUCGCGCCCAAGAACGUCGUCGUCAACCAGAUCUUUGGCGGCCAGACCGGCCUCGGCCUCAUCCCCAUCUCCUUCGACUGGAGCAUCAUCUCGGGAUACUUGCUGUCCCCGCUGCAGACCCCGGCCUUCGCCAUCGCCAACGUCGGCGUCGGCAUCAUCAUCAUGCUGCUCGGCUGCGUCGGCCUGUCCUGGGGCGGCCCCGACUUCUACCGCUACCUGCCCAUCAGCGCGAACCAGAACUUUGACCACUUCGCCGAGGCCUACAACACGAGCCGCAUCCUGACGCCCGACUUCACCUUCAACGAGACGGCCUACAAGGAGUACUCGCCCCUCAUCCUCGGCCCGGCCUUCUCGCUGAGCUACGGCAUGGGCUUCGCUGGCCUCAUCAGCACGCUCGUCCACGUCGCCCUCUUCUACGGCCGCGACAUCGUCGACCGCACGCGCUCCGCCACCAACGAGGAGGCCGACGUGCACCUCAAGCUCAUGCGGCGGUACAAGGAGGCGCCCGAGUGGUGGUUCAUGAUCAUGUUCGGUGUCAGCUUCGCCUUCGGCAUGAUCGCCUCGCAGGUCUGGAGCACGCACCUGACGUGGUGGGCGUACAUCAUCUGCAUCCUCAUCGGGUCCUUCUUCAUCCUGCCCGUCGGCAUCAUCCAGGCCGUCACCAACCAGCAGACGGGCCUCAACGUCGUCACCGAGAUGAUCGUCGGCUACAUGACGCCCGGCCGCCCCGUCGCUAUGAUGCUCUUCAAGUCGUGGGGCUACAUGCUCUGCUACAACGGCCUGCAGUACGUCUCCGACAUGAAAGUCGGCCACUACAUGAAGAUCCCGCCGCGCACCAUGUUCGCCGCCCAGACCUUCGCCGUCGUGUGGCUGUCCUUGGUCCAGCUCGCUUCCUACAACUUCCUGCGCGGCAACAUCGACGGCAUCUGCACCCCGAGCCAGGCCCAGGGCCUCACCUGCCCCCAGGCUCGCACUUUUUACAACGCCAGCGUCAUCUGGGGCGUCAUCGGGCCCCGCCGCAUGUUCGGCGCCGGCCAGCUGUACUCGUGGGUCAACUACUUCUGGCUCAUCGGCGCCGUCUGCCCCGUCAUCCAGUACUUCCUCGCCCGCCGCUACCCGCGCAGCAUGCUCCGCUAUGUCUUCUUCCCGGCCAUCUUCGGCGCCGCCGGUAUGAUCCCUCCCGCGACCAUCUGGUGGCUGGGACAGUGGGUUAUUGUCGGUCUCAUCUUCAACUGGUGGAUCCGUGCCCGCUACACGGGCUGGUGGACUCGCUACAACUACGUGCUUUCCGGUGCUCUCGACAUCGGUACCGCCCUCUGCAUUGUGGUCUCCGGCCUUGCCCUGGGUCUGUCCAACACGACGUUCCCCGACUGGUGGGGCAACACGGUCCCCUUUAACAACCUGGACUCGGAUGGUGCUGCCGUCAGCAAGAUCCUUCCCAAGGAUGGAUCUUUCAUCGGACCGACCUCCUGGUAG